AAUGAAUCAGAAAUACGAUGAUAACUAAAAAAUAUAAUUGGUUGAUAUUCAAUAAUCACCAUUCAAUGCACAAACUUUAUUAUAAGUAAUUUUAAAACGGGAUAAACUAUUAAAUGGCUUAGUGAAUUGGCUGCAUGAGGCAACUAAAAAGGGUUAGUUAGAUGAUAAGCAUGGAAAUCUUUACCUUAGAAUAUUGAAGGUUUGCGCUAUUCAAUUUGCCUAUUAUCAAUUGUAACAGGGAUACAAUUUUAUUGUUCCUGAGGAGAAGUAUGCUGGGAUAUCUAAUCAUUUUUUUAAGAUAUUUGAAACUGAGGAGGAUUACAAAGACUAAAUUAGAAAAUUUAAAAAAAGUGAUCCUAAAAUUGUGAAAAGUAUGUCAGAAGAAUUUGGGAAAAGAUUCGAAACAUUAUAAAAAUGGAAAAAGGUAUUAAAAAUAUUUAAGCUUAGAAAUUUAUGGAUGAUUAUGAGUAAAUAAAAAAAGAGUUUACAAACAAGGAUAACGAGAAUAUUAGGUUCCAAAAAUUAAAAUAAUAGAUUGAGAUGGAAUAACAAAAAGACUUCGACAUUUACUAAUACUAUUUUACAUUGUUCUAUUAGGAAGAAUGGUUUAAAUAGCCAUAUGAAGAACUACCUAUUGAAAUAUUAAGGUAAUAGAAUUAUUUAAAUUCAUUAGAUUGCUAAGUUUGAUCAAAUAGUUCUUAAGAUUGGACAUUUUAUAUCCAAUCGAAUAAUAUGCCAAUUAGUCGUUAACUCUUUUAGACAUUAAUGAGUAGGAAAAGUCAAAAGAUUAUUACCUUAAAAUUAUUAAAUAAAAAUGA